AAGUGGUUCAGAAAAGAUUUUUUAUGUUGGAUCUGGAUAAAGAUUUGGAAAUGCAUUUCCUUUUUAGAUUCUUGGGAGGGGUGGGGGUGGGGGUCGUCCAAAGAUUCCUGAAUCAUUUUCAGGCGACAAAAGAGCACCAGAAAAAGGAAUUCCCACUCUUUUUUUAAUCUCACGCCUUUUCCAUCAUCCCCCUCAUCAGCCUCUCCCGGCAUCUGAUUCCUCUGCAUUCAUAGGACCGAACAGCAGCUGUUUUUCUUUUCUUUAUUAUCCUAUCUUUUCCUGCUGCCGCCUUUGCUUCCAUUAUACUGCUGGCCUAUGGAUGCUGUGUCCUUGUCCCAGUCACAGGCUCACAGCAGCCCCAGCUGCUCGCUUUGCCCUAACCAUGUAUAUCCAUCCAUGCCUCAUCUCCUCCUCUCUCCCAGCAUUUCUUGUGUGUACUGUGUAGGGAGAGAAGGAAGAUAGAAGAGGCUAGAGAGAGAUAGAGAGCUGUGAGAUCUUUUUGGAGCUAGUAGUGAACCCAUUUUGGAUUGGAUGGCGGAUAUGGAGCAGAGUUCUAAAUAGCCGGUUAUAGCUUCCGCUAAAAACAGCUAUAGACUCUAGGAAAGACAACCACUAUGGUAUUUGACCGCUAAAGCCGGUUAUAGCCGGCUAAAUGCCGGAUAUAGCUCGCUAAACGCCGUAACGGCGACCUUGCCGCUAAAUGUCUUAGCCGGCGAUUUAAAACCAUGAUAUGGAGACGAGGGAGAAGCUGGUGGUUGGGCAGCUCGCAAGGAGACACACGAUAAGGAGUGGCUGCUCCUCUUGGUUUCCUCCAACUGCUGCUGGUGGUAUGUGCGUGCUGUUCCAUUGGUGCUUCUCUCCGAUGUCCAGAACAGAUGGUCACACACAGUUGUAACGGAAAGGAGAGUGAAGACGGAGAUCACAAGGUGGCAUUGAGGCAGAAGAAAUUGAAGGCAAAGUCGUUCAAGUGGAGAUCAAGCAAUAGCGACAUGAACAAGGUAGAGGCAGGGGAGUCUGAUGAAGUAUACGAUGAUACAGUCCUCUGCUCUCUGUCUACAGCAAGCUUCAGCAGCUUGGUUAGUCAGAAAAGACUGAGGAUCCUUGGAAAGGUGGCUGCGCAGUGUGAUGCUGUCGAUCCUCCAGUUCCAAGAAAGUUAAGAUCAGCCACAAAGAAGCGAGUCGGUCAAUUUGUUUCUGCAUCAUCUCGGCAUGUCAAAAAGAGACGUAAUCUUUCGGCUAUCAGUGCUCAAAUUUCGUUUGUGGACCAGAAAACAAGAUUCAAUGGAAGCUCGUUAUUUACAGAAGAGGAGGAAGUAGUCGCUGAUGUUUUGCUGUCCCUAUCUCAAAUAUCAUCUCCUAGUGACCUCACGGUUGACAAGACUACAGCAGAUAGCUCAAAUCUAAAUGUUGCUUCAACUUCUUGUUCAGAAGGAGCUACUAAGGGGGGUGACGAAAUUGUCAUACCGCCAAGUGCUGCUAAUAAUUUGGCUAGCCAAGCUACCUGCAUAGAUAAAGUAGUAGGACGAACCAACAGUGUUCCACAUGCAAAUCCAGUGUCUGGUGCUACAGAUCAAUCCAGCAACAUAAACCCACCUUCAUCAGAAAAUGAGCAGAUGCAGGAUCUUUCUUUGGGAACUGUUGUGAAUUUACCAAGCCCGUCUAAAGACUCCUCCAAUAACAGCACACCAAAGCUCCAGAAAGUGCGGUUUGAUGAUAGCCAAAGUUAUGCAGCACAGAAACCAGAGGCCCCUCUUUGGCUGAUAAAUUCUAAUAAAUCUGAUAUCUCGCCACAUGAGAGAGAAAAGGCCAAUAAUAGCAGGGCACAAGAAAUUGUGCCAGUGGUCCGGACUUCCCUGCCUCAUUCCCCAGACGGGUACUUCAUAAAGCCCUCUUCGUCAAGCAAACUGCUGACAGCUCAUAAAAAUACUACUACUUCUGAAGCCUCCAAAUUUACAGCACCUGUAAAUCAGGACAAGUCUUAUCUGCAGCCUUCGCUGGUUAAAAAUUUCGGCUCAACAAAGGCAUGGAAGAGGAGUAUGAUCCAUGUCUACGUUAGCCAUGUGAUCCAGAGGCAUAUGAACAAAGAGAAGGCAUCCCAGAACCAAGUGAAACCGGAGGAAGCCCCACUCGGCCGGUCCUCAAGGUCUCGAACCGGCUCCGCGAGACCCAAGAAGAACCCACGGGAUGAGAAGUUUUGCACCGUGCACUUCGACCUGCAGGUCCCGGCUCAGCCAUCUGCUGCUGGCAUGGGCGACGCGGGUGCUGGUCGGCAGAAGAUUGUCAGUGGUGGUAAUUUCCUGAACCUGCCCAAUUCGACGGCGUUACCGCCGGGCACGCAGCAGCAUCUUCAGUAUCUGCACCCCCAGAUGGCGCCACGGGGAGCGAUGCCGUACCAGUUUCCUCAUCUUCCCUACAGCGGAGGGAACUUGGCACCUGCUGCAGCACUCCAACAGCAGAUGCCGCAGCAGUACAUGAGCAACAUGGGCUACGCUCCGAGGCCCGGCCUCCCGGCGGCGAGCUCGUCGGCCAUGAUGAAGACGCUCCAUCAGCAGCAGCAGCAGCAGCAGCAGCAGCAGCAGCAGCAGAUGGGGCAGUACCAUGUUUCUCAGUACCAGCCGAGGCCGGACGGCGCACCGCCGCCGGCAGCGUGGCACAGCAUGUCCUCUCUGCGCCCGACGAUGGCCAUGAUCCCUCCCCCGUCGAUGCCGCCGCAGAUGGAGCUCUUCUACGCGCCGUACCAGGGCGGCGGCCGGCAGCCACAGCAGCUCAGGUUGAUGUAGCCUUCUAGUGCUAGAUAUACCACUACUAAUUUCCCUUUAUAUAGAUAGAUAACCAGGAUGGUGCUGAGGUUAAACUUACAGAAAAGGAAUCCAUGCUACUGUGUGUUAAUAACUUGCUGGUGUUGAAGUCUUGAAGAAGGGUUGUGCAAGAGCUGAACCUGGGGCUGAACUGUAAUUAACAAAAUUUACCAUGCCCAGCUCCAGCUGCAGCUGCAUAAAUACGAGACAAGGCUCCCUGUCAGUUUAAGCU